AUGGAAAGAAGAAAAUGGGAAAGAGAAUUUACCAUUUCUUCUCAACAACAAAGCAAAAAGAAAUUAUCAUCUAAUUUACAAAAUUUGCAAUCAAAUAAUGGAUUUUAUGACAAUUAUUAUAGUAUUGAAUCAAGUGAAGAAAUUGAUGAGGUACAACCUGUAGUUUUUGUUGGUCCAGCUGAACACCAUUCAAAUAUUCUUCCUUGGAGAGAAUCCUGCUGUCACAUUGUUCCAAUCAAACUCUAUUUACCAUCAAAUGAUUCUAGCCCAACUAGAAAUGAAGUUGCUGAUCUUGAGGAUUUGGAAAACAAGUUAAAAUAUUAUAAUAACGGAAAGAGAAUGCUUAUUGGUGUUUUCUCUGCAGCAUCAAAUGUGACUGGUGUUCUUGAACCAAAUGUUAACAAGAUCUCAAUUUUAAUUCACAAAUAUGGUGGAUAUGUAGUUUGGGAUUAUGCUUGUGCAGCUCCUUAUAUUCCUCUCGAGGAAAGAGCUCUCUGUUAUAAGGAUGCUCUUGUGUUUAGUCCUCACAAAUUCAUUGGAGGUCCAGGUACACCAGGAGUACUUGUUGCUAAAAAACAUCUCUUUAAAAAUAAGAUUCCUGAAAACCCAGGCGGUGGAACUGUAUUCUUUGUUACUGACAGAGACCAUCAUUAUGUUAAAAAGUCUUAUGAAAGAGAAGAAGGUGGUACUCCUGAAAUUUUAGGAUCAGUCAGAUGUGGUCUUAUUUUCCAACUUCGUCAGGCUGUUGGCACUCAAUUGAUUUCACAAAUUGAGACUAAUUUCACUGAACGUGCUUUUGAAUCCUUCAAGUCAACAAGAAAUUUGGUAAUUCUUGGCCACAAUGAGAACACUCCUCGUUUACCAAUAUUCAGCUUCCUAGUAAGACACCAUAACUCCUUCCUUCCAUCUACAUUUGUUUCAAUUUUAUUGAAUGAUUUGUUUGGCAUCCAAACUAGAUCUGGUUGUGCAUGUGCUGGUCCAUUUUCUCAUUUCCUCUUUGGUCUCAAAUAUAACGAUGCUAAGAGUUUGGAAAAUGUACUUUUAUCAGAUGAUGAUUAUGAGUUUUUGAGACCUGGUUUUGUUCGUUUGAACUUUAAUUAUUUUAUGGAUGAAGAUACAUUCCAAUAUAUUGUUAAAUCCGUAAAAUUUGUUGCUGAAAAUGGCUACAAGUUUUUGCCAUAUUAUUACUUUUAUCCAGAAUCAGGCGAAUGGAUUCAUAAUAAUAACAGAAAAUUUCCAACAAGAAGAUGGUUACAAAAUAUUUCUUACAAAAAUGGUAAACUUGAAUAUAGACAAGAAAUUGGAUAUAAGAUUAGUUCACCAAAGAAAGAAUAUGAUACAUAUCUGAAACAAGCUGAAGAGUCUGCUGAACAAGCUGUAAAGGAAUUCUCAAAUCCAAAGUAUAGAAUUGAUGAACAAAUUGAUCAUGCUGAAAAAUGGAGAUGGUUUGUUUUUCCAAAGCAAAUUGUUGAAGAAUUACAAGGUGGUGAUAUUACAAAAAUUUACAAACAAUCAAUUCUUAAUCCAUGGACUGGUUUUAAUGUUUCUAAUCUUGUCUCAAAUGAAAGUAAUAAUACCAAAUUGACAAGCUCUUUGAUACAAUCAACACUUAAUUCUGAAAUCAUACCUGUUGAAAAUGUUGAAAAUGAUUCACAACCACCUAUUGUUGAACCUAUUUCUGUUUUCGAUAAGAUUACGGGAGAUGUUGAUGAUGAAAAGAAACGAAGAGAAAUUUUGAAAAAUCACUACAAGAUGUGGCCAAGAGUUGAUGCCAAGUCAAUUAUGGCACCUGUCAAGAAAGCCAUUCGUGAGUUUGAUAUGAUUAAAGAAGGUGAUAGAUUAUUACUUGGUUUGUCUGGUGGUAAAGAUUCUCUAACAUUACUCCAUGUUUUACAUGCAUUGCAAUAUAGCAACUUGGGUAUCAAUUUUGAAUUUGGUGCUUGUACAGUUGAUCCUCAAACUGCAAGCUAUGACCCUUCCCCAUUAAUUAACUAUUGUAAACAAUUAGGAGUUCCAUAUUUCUAUGAAUCCCAAUCUGUUAUUGAAGGCGCAAAAGAAUGUGAUGCUUCUUCAAUUUGUGCUUGGUGCGCCAGAAUGAAAAGAGGUAUUUUGUACAAUACUGCCAGAAGAGAAGGUUAUAAUGUACUUGUACUUGGUCAACAUCUUGAUGAUUUAGCUGAAAGUUUUAUCAUGUCUAUUUUCCACAACGGAUUUAUGAGAACUAUGAAGGCUCACUAUACUAUUGAUGUUGGAGAUUUACGUGUUAUUCGUCCACUUAUCUAUGUGAGAGAGACAGAAACCAAAAAGUUCGCAUGGGAAAGUGGUUUGCCUGUCAUUAAUGAAAAUUGCCCAGCCUGUUUUGAAAUACCAAAAGAAAGAGCUCGUGUCAAGACACUCUUAGCUAAUCAAGAAUUAAUUUAUCCUCAAUUAUUUAACAGUCUUCAAACAGCAAUGAAACCACUCAUGUCUAAAGAUAUUAAUGUUGAUGGUCACAAGAAGUUUAAGAGCUCCAAACCAGUGUCUGAAACUUUAAAGGAAUACAAAAAAGGCUUCAAGCAAAGUGAGGAAGGUAUGGUUUGUAGAAGAAAGACUAUGGAAGAAGAUGAUGAAUUCAAUGAUGAUGACGAUAUUGGCUCAGUAAUUCCUAACAACCAGCAAUAAAUUACUUCAAACUAAUAAACCCGUUUAAGCCAAA